AUGGCCGCGCCACAGUACCGCAAGAUCGAGCUGCAGUCACCAGCCGACUUUACCUACCUCUACGCAAAUGCCGUCGCGCUCUCGCGACAGAAACUCGAUCUCAAUUUCCCCCCCUUGGCGACGGACGAUGACACUCCGGAUCCGAUGCGCGAACGCGUCCAGCAGCUGGUAGACGAGUACAUACAUGAAACCUUUUCAACAGCCGCCUCCUCAAUCAGCAUCAAUGGAAUCGACUCGACUUCACCACAAUUCCCCUUCCCAGAGGCAUUCACCACACAAGAGACCGUCGAAUAUGAACCAUACGACUCGGAACUCGCCUCACGCGUGACGGCGCUCUACGCACAGCUGGAAUCCCUCACUACGAACGUCGCGCAACUGCGACGAGACGCGCCGCGGAAAGCUGCGAAGGAAUAUGCGGCGCAACUGGCGCAGGUGAUCAAAGAGGAGGAGGAAGGAUACGAGGGGCUUGAGAUUGAUAAGACAGAAGAGGCAGCACAAGACAGUGGUAACACCGAGCAUGCAGCUAAGAAAGCAGGCGAGGCAAUGGACGUUGAUGGGGAGGGCUCUGCGAAAACACAAGGACCGACGCGACGGCGUCGUCGCGAUCGUCCUGAUCCCAAGUGGAAUUUGGAAAUUGCGCUCGGUACGGAUGAAGAGGCGGAGCGGUGGAAGAAUGGGGAUAUGGCCGAGGUAUAUGAGGAUGCACUCCGGACGUUGCAACGGUUGCAGGGCGAAGGGGAUGCAGAUGGUGUGGUUGGUACCGAAGGCAAUGCGUUGGCUACCACUGUGGGCAAGGCUGAAAGGGCUGCACGUGCUGCGGAGGUUGUGGAAAGUAUGUGA